AUGAAACAGCAAUCCUGGCCGAAGACCAUUCCAGCAGCUCCACAGCUCCCCAUUGCAGAAUUACUGUUCAUGGACGAUACGCUACUCGCGGCCUCGUCCCGGGAAACUAUGGUCCAGAAGUACAACCUGCUCCGCCUUGAACUUGGGAAGUGGGGUUUGCAAGUCAACCCGGAGAAGACAGCUUACUACUGCUCACCACACUCGACGACCAGAGGGCCUAUCCAGCUCGAAGACACGGUGAUCCACGAAAGCGAUAACCUCCUCGUCUUUGGCAUACCCCUCAGCGUGCCUUUUAGACCAACUGCUAUCAUGGAUACAGCCAUGUCGAAGGCCACUAGGAAAUUUUAUGCCAAUAAGCAUGUCUUCCUGGCAGAGGCACCCCUCAAGAGUAAACUCAAGAUGUUCCGAUCUGUGGUAGGAGGAAGUUUGCUGUGGUACAGCUCAGCUGUCUCCCCGAACGCACAAGCCAUGAGCAGCAUCAAUGCACUACAGUGCGAACUAGUAGCCAAAAUGGCAGGCUUCCGACGAAAGACUGAGGAGACCUGGCUCGACUGGCGACUAAGGCGAGAGGCCCCACCAGCGAGCUCCCACCUGGACUCCUACAGGACCCUCACAUGGUGGAGAGAGCAACAACGGCUCACAGACGGCAUUUCCCACAAGGGCAGCUUUUACCCUUACCACACUAAGGAAGAAGAGUCCCUCAACCAGAGUUGCAACUCAGCAGAUUGGAGACUAGUGAAGCCCCGGCUGAGCGACGACCCGAGUACCGAAACGUUAAAAGGCCCCUGUAAGCCCGGCCUUUUCAUGACCAUGGGCAUCGACCCCAUCGUGACGAUCCUGCUCUAUGCCCACAUUGCUGCCAGUCUCAACCCAGAGCCCAACGGCAAGUAUGCGAUGACCAACGGCAGCAUCCACCUAGGUGGAAACAAAUUCGAAGCCGCUGGUGAGCGGCCGCUCGAGCCUGCCCGACAGCGGCCGAGUGAACUCAACAAGGACCCGCAAGCGGCAAGCUCCUGGCACUACGAACUGCCACAACCGGGACUACCCGAACAUCAGCCGCAAGAUCCUCGCCCAGAACACCGUCAAGACCCUGCAUACCUGCAACGGCACGUCCCGGCACAGCCCCUACGUCAAGAUCACCAUGGGGCAACUACGGCAGCACAGCCUCAACCUGCCGUGCACGGCCCCCAUAAUACCGCUGACCGCAACGGCAACCUCGGCACCGAGAUCAACAUCACCAUGACAGAGAGUGGCGGACAGGCACCUAAACUUGAACCGCCGGAGCACCCGCCGCAAGAUCUGCGCCGUCUUCGAGCUCGAGACCCUGUCCAUCACCCGCGGCGUGACCCUGCACAGCCUCCACUACCUGACCGCCGGCCCCUACCGGAAGGAAAAGCACAGCGACGAGACUCAACCGACGAGAAGGCAACAGAGGAACACAUGCAGAAGGCCAUGGGAGAUGGCACUACGGGCAUUGAGACCAAAAGAAUCGAGACAGGACAAGACGAGGCCUCGAACUACGACCCGGAACUACCUGUACCUUCGCCGCAAGAUCCAGGCCGCCUCCGACCUCCUCCCCCCGGACACCGCCCAGGGCGCGAUCCAGCACAACGUCUACUACACGAGCACCGACCCCAACCAGGGCCUCAGCACCUGUUACCGGGGGAAAAACCACAGCGACGAGACACAACCGACGAGAAGGCAGCAGAGGAACACAUGCAGAGAGCCAUGGGAGAUGGCACUACUGGCAGCGAGACCAAAAGAAUCGAGACAGGACAAGAAGAGGCAUCGAACUACGACCCGGAACUACCUGUACCUUCGCCGCAAGACCCAGGCCGCCACCGACCUCCUUCCCCCGGACACCGUCCCGGGCGCGAUCCUGCACAGAGUCUACGGCACGAUCACCGACUCCAACCAGGGUCAGAGCACCUGCUUCAAAACGAGGCCGAUCGGGAAGGGGAUGGAGGAAGCCAGCAGACUGCCCCUCCCGAACUACCAGUGCAGGAAGCCACGGAUGCAACGAGCCUCCUCGUCCUGCCCAAGCUUGCCCUCCUCAGCCUGGCGGCCGCCUGGGAUGAACCUUUCCUUGCGCACAACGCGCCUCAGUGGUUCUGGACGACCUUCGACAAGGGCGCGGAGUACGUUGCAAGAGGCGCAUGCUGGAAGAUGAUGGCACGGCUGCUGGAACAAGCAUUCCGGCAACAAGGCCAAGGGGAGGACCACAGCGAUUCCUUCUGGACGGACACAGAACUCAUCCGGAACCAUUACGCUACGAGAUGGUGGAGACAUGCCCAGCGGCGAGAACAACGAGGCGAACAUGUACCAGGCACGCCCCCAACAGUGGAGGAGCUCCAGAGGCUAGUCAACAAGAUCGCCGACCUGGUCUUCCGAGCAUGGUGGAGAAAACGCACCACAAUCCUGACAGGAGGAGGCCGCCUCAAGCCUUGUGGGUGCCUAGACAUUACGGAUGCGGAGACCUCAUCGGACGAAGAGAGCUGCAGUUCCACGCCUACGCCCAGGGCGACAAUGAGAUCAAGAUCGCCUAGAAACAGGCGUCCUUUCGACGCGCACCUCAAGGCGAAUACCGACCCCGACAAGGCUAUUGACGUCGACGAACAGCACGAGGAUGAAGAUGACUCCGACAUCCACUCCCUCAUGGAGCACAAACACAAAGAGGUGCCCAUGAACAAAAGAAGUCCUACGCGCCUAUGGAAAGAGCUACCGCCUGAGCGAAAAUCAAGCUCUGUCAGACGCUUGCUACCACCAUGGAAGAAAGGGGGCAAUCCUGCUCUUCGACCCCGACCUCCGAGCCGAUCGCCACCACGCGCGCCGAAAGCCAAAGCAAGACCGCAAGUACCACCGAAAUGCCAAGAAGAAGUCCCUGCACCGACCACACCGACAGCUCCGGCAUCCUCCUCUACCGACCGUCCAGACACCACGACCAAUGCAGAGUUGACCCCGGAUGACGCCAUCGCGAUAUGGCAGGCAAUCUUCGAAUGGGAGGCCCAGGAGUCCCUGGAUCCAUCGACAGUCCCAUUGCUGCUGACUCACAUCUCCGACAGUAUCGUGGAGACCCUGGCAGAUAAGACAGAGACAGAACACAGCCUCAUGGUUGACAUCCUACCACAGUUUCUCGCAAGGAUCCAGACCGACCUGGCUGAAGCUCUACUACGUGCACGUGCUCUCAGGAACAGGCUCACCCCAGAUGACCCCAGAACGGCACCUACAGGCAAGAAGCGGCCAGCAGAACCAUAUGAGACAGAAGAAGAUGAUGACAACGACGAGUCCGUGUACAUGCAGACCGCUCAAAGCCGCAGCUCUACGCCCCCCAGAUCAAUGCAGCCUAACAACAUCCUCUGCGACCUGCAUGCAGCGUUUGGGCAACUCCAGCCCAAAAGAGCGACGAGUCGGGCAAUCCGGCUCAUGCAGCGGCUCCAAGACCACGAUGGGCAUCUUGAAGUCGAUCGCCAAGCACUGGAAAGCCUGCUCAUCGCUAUAUCAGGCGAUGUCCCUCCAGAGCCAGAAGGUGAUGCUCUUAUCCUGGAAAUGGGCUGGGUCGGCACAUGGUGGGGAAGACUUACAGGCACCCAGCCGUUGGGGCCCCAGCCAAUCGACCUCGACCUGGAGUUCAUGGAAAAGCACACGGGCAACGACGCCACCCACAGUGCCGAGGAAGCUGACGAGGCUGCCCGGGAGGAAGCAUACCAACGGUGGGCCAACGAUGCAGGAGCGACCCACAUGGAGGAACUGGAGGCUGCAAAAGCAAAGGCCGAAGACGAAGACACGCUCAGAGAGGCGAUGGGCUACUCAUGGGAACCGCCCACCAAGCGGCUGUGCAUAGGGAUAUGCAUAGACGACGGCCGACGAGCGAAAGCCUGGGAGUGGGAGUUGGACAAGGGCGCCACCAUCCAAGUGCACAUCAAAGCCGAAAAGAAGGAGUUCAGCGGGAGAUGGCUACGAGAAGGUCGACCCAUCCGAGAAGACGAAGUGCCAGAACUCCUCAGACACCGCCAAGAAGACAAAGCACCCGCCGUCGCCGUACCGCUCCCGGCCAUCGACCUUGCAAAGCCAGCGACGCGGGAACUAUACUCCCGCUGGAGUCUCAACAAGGUGUCCGACCAGGCCGUGGUACAAAUCGGAGGAAUCGCCCUGCUCAUGGCCUUCAAGGAGGAACUUUUCCCGCGAGAAUGCCAACAAGAGCUGGACAUGCGGGACACGUACGAUGUCAGCAAGUACGACAACAACCUCAGCAACCCGGGGAACACUCCAGGACAACCUUCAGGUCACAAUGAGCCGGCUCACCUUCCCGAAACACACCAUGAAGAAAAUGGAGGCAACGGCCUGACGACGGAACCGACGGACACGAUGCUCAGCGAGGCCACCACGGUAGCAGUACACCAAGCAGAAGCUCCCCACCACCCGAGCAACAUGGACAUUACGGCCGACAACCAGGGCACGAUCGGCGAAGAAGAGGACAUGAUCAGCAACCCCGACUCCUAUUACAACGGCCGCAUCUUCUAUGAGAAACAUGGCCGCGGAGACGAUGAGGGUACUGAGCGAGGCAGUGACAGCACAUAA